AAAUGAGCGAUAUGUUUUAAGGAAACAAAAGUGGAGUUUCAUAUGGGAGUCAAUUUGAUGCGUAAAAUGAUUAAUGAAAUAUUGAAUUUUAGUUUAGGUGCAAGUUUCGGUAGAAUUCCUCUACAAGAUAAACAAAGUAUUGGAUCAAAUAAUGGAGGAGGUAGCUUUGCAUAGGUUUCUGUUUCUUUUUUGGUUUAACCAGAUCAAUAUAGAUCAUCAGUAGGUUUGGAGGAAGGAGUAGCACCUAUUUAAAUAUAUGAAUAUUAAGAACCUACAAAUUAGAAAGGAAUAUUUUAUAGAAGUAGUGGAGAUUUUGAAAUGCAAUUCGAAGAGAUUAGAAUGGAUAGAUUAAAUAUUGAUUAACAAUAAAAAGUUGAGGAGGAUGCAUAAUAAUUACAAAAAAAUAGUGAGAGGUCAUCUAAUGAUUUUGAAAUGAAAAUAUGUAAUAUUCUAUAAUUAUUAUAGAAUCUGCAUAAUAAAUUAGUUCAAAUUUUAAACCAGAGAUAAAUUAGAUGAUGAAUUAGAACAUUAUUGAAGAAAAUAAGAAUCUUUUCAAUGUUAAUAUUUCGAAGAGUAUCUAUACAAAUAAAAUAACAUAACUUGUUGAAUAAACAUAAUAGAAAUUGACCUUAUCAUCUAAGAAUUAAACACCUACUCAUCUAUCGUAAUUUAUAAUCAUUGAUCUUAUUAUAGAAAGAGCUAAUAAAAAUUAUAAAGGAAAUCACCAAAUUUAUAAAGAGAUCAUUCAGAUUUAUCAUCAGAUUUUAAUUAACAAAAUAGUAAUGAUCCUAAUUAGGAUCCAAUAUAAUAAAAACUAGCUAAGAAUAGAGAAUCUGCUAGAAAUUCUAGAGCAAGAAAGAAGAUUUAUUAUGAAUUAUUAGAAGUGAAAGCUCAGGAAUUGUAGAAUGAGGUGGACUCAUUAAAAUAAUAGAUUUAAAAUUAAUAGAAAUAUACAGAAAUUUGUAAUAAAUCUUAAGAGAAAGUAAUUAUUUAUUUUUAAGAUUAAUUAGUUUUAAAUGUUUUUAGAAUAAUAAUAAUAAUUAUUUGAUAAACUUGAAACAUAUUUAAUAAAAAAUAAAGAUAAUGUUGAAAUAGGAAUGAUUUUAGAUGCUCUAAGAUAUAGAACCAAUUCAAAUAGUUAAGAAAGAAAUGAUGCAGCAAGGAACUAUUUUGAUUAAAUGGUAGAAGUUUGUCUCCCAAUUCAAACUAGAUACUUGAUUUAUGCAUUAGAACAGAAUAAGGAUUUUUUUGCUUAACAACCAAAGUAUAUUUUUUGAAUUCAAUACCAGUGAUUAUUCUGAUUGGAUGGUUGAUUCUUUUUAGAAGACUGAUAUUAAGCCAGAGCAAAUUGUUAAAGUAAAGAGAAUGAAAACAAAAUUAUAAAGUGUUAGAAAUAAUAUAUCAGAGUAUUAAAUAAAUAAUUUAUAAAAUUAGUUCAAUUCAUAAAAUAAAAGAAUAAUUGAAAUUGAUUUAAAGUGAAGCUUUGAAAGUUGAUUAAAUGUGGGAAUAAUUGAAAGAAUGUUUAUCACCAAUCUAAUUAGGUUCAUGUAUUUUAUCAAUGAGAUAAGUAAUAUUUUUGUAUAUAAAUUAGAAUCAAUACAGAUAAGAAUUAUAAACAUCUUCCUUAUUUGUGUAAUUAAAGAAUUCACAAAUGGUAUUAAUUAUUAAUUUAUUGUUUUAGUCAGAGGAAGAAGAAAUUUAAGUUAAUCAUUAAUAAUUUGCUAUUCCUAAUAAUAGAAAACUAAUAAAAAAAUCAUAAUGCUGAG